UGAAAAUAAUGGUCAAUUUUUAAGCCAUUUUCAUGCAUCAUAUAAUUUCUUAGUUUCUUUUGAUUAGAGACUGAAAAUAAAACCCUCUUAGCUUAAUUUGUUUGUUUUAUAAAAUGGAUAAUGCCUGUUAAUAUUUCUAAAAGUAAAACAUUUAUCAUUUUAAACAACUGUUAUUUAGCUAGGUUCACUGUUCACUAUCUUUCUACUUUAAUUCAGUGUGUUAUUUGCCAUUUCUUUGUAACUAUUUGUGAAAUUUACUACCAAUUUCUUAGUUAAAAUUGUUUCAAAGUAACUCCUACACCAUUUUUAUUUUAAUAUAUUAGUACUUCAGAAUUAUAAUCACUCAGGGUUAAUAACUAAGUAAUGUAGCAGCAUAUACAGUUAGUGUAUAAUGAAACACAGGGCAAGACUUCAAACGGAUCAUUAUGUGUUUCCAGGUAAAUCCUCCUGUUUAUGUGUUAUUUUUUAGGGCUUGUGGAGGCCAGUAGGAAGCAAACACCCAAUCCACAUCAUACAGAUGCUGCUGAGGAACCUGGGGAAGAAGGAGAAACAAAACCAAAACAUAAACCCUUUGUGCCAGCUUUGGUGCCUCCCAAAAUACCUGAUGGAGAGAAAGUUGAUUUUGAUGACAUUCACCGCAAACGUAUGGAGAAAGACCUGACGGAGCUACAGACGCUCAUCGAGGCUCACUUUGAGAGCAGAAAGAAAGAAGAAGAAGAGCUGAUCAACCUCAGCCAAAGGAUUGAGAACCGGAGGGCAGAACGAGCGGAGCAGCACCGGGUCCACACAGAACGCGAAAAAGAGCGGCACAACAAACUAGCCGAGGAAAAGGCACGAAAAGAGGAGGAAGAGGCCAAGAGGAAGGCUGACGAUGACGCAAAGAAGAAGAAGGUUCUCGCGAGCUUCCAGUACACCGGAUACAUGCAAAGGACAGACAAGAGGGGUCGGCCUAAGAAGCAAACAGAGAGGGAGAAGAAAAAAACGAUUCUUAGUGAACGCCGUAAGGAACUGAAUAUCGAAAACCUGAGUGCCGAUAAACUGAGAGAAACUGCUAACGAACUCUGGAAGUGGAUGUGCCAACUUCAAGCCGAGAAGUUUGAGCUUCAAUACAGAUACAUGUGCCAGAAAUACCAGAUCACCGUCCUUAGGAAUCGGGUCAGUGACCAUCAGAAAAAUACCAAAGGCCCGAAGAGUAAGAGAGGACUACGUAAAUAAAGCAGCUUCAUUAAGACACCAGCAACGUCUACCACACUGAUGAUUUAAUCAUAAAUAAUAUGCUUUCAUGUAAUCGUCUUUUUUUUAAGCA